UGUCAAUUGUCAUAGUACUUUUCGAAGUUUGUAGUUAUAAGACAAAAACGAAUUGUCUAUAUUGAAUUAGGAAUUAUGUAAUUGUGUAUAUAUUUUUUUUUUAAAAUGGAAGCAGGACGAGACAGAAGUUUGCAUUCCACUAAUAUUGCUGUUAUUAGAGAAGUAUAUGAUAAUGAAUUUUCUCCAGCAUGUUUUUCUAUGGAGUUAGAAAAAGCCUUGGAAAGUUGUUGUUCCAUAAUUGUAAUAGAACCUACACAAUUAGGAGAUGAAACUGCUAGAUGGAUUAGUUUUGGAAAUUAUUUACAUAAGAUGGCAGUUAUUACAGGUUUUACUUCCAUUAUUUCAGGUUUCGCUUGGCCGGAGAGUUUUGCUCCCCAAGCACCCUUGAGUAUUAUUUCUACUUUGUGUACAGGAUUAUAUACAGCUUCAUGGCAGUUUGAUCACUGUGUUAAAUAUCAGGUUGAAAGAGACAUUGGAAAGUUAUCCAGAUUACCAAUUCUGGGAGCUCUGACAGUUGCGUCACCAGUAGUUUUAGUGAGGAAAGAUGACUCAAAACGUAAAAUAUUACAUUCUGUAGUUACAUUAGCAGCAGCUUCACUUUGCAUAUAUAGGUUAUAUCGUACAAUGAAAUAGAUUAGUUAGUGAAAAUUAUCAAGGACCACUUUAGCAAAAUAGCUUUAUUAUUUUUUUAAAUAAAGUGUUGUGGUAAAAAUAGACAUUGUAAAGUGAUGCCUUGGAUUGGCAUUUCCAGAAUUUUUAAUAAAGUUAUGAAUUUUGUGUUGAA